AUGGUUGAGUUAGCAUCAGUGCUUGUCAUGAACCACAACAACAACACCACCACCAACAGCAACACCAAUCAAUCCCAAAAGAUCCAACAGCAGCAAUCCCAGCAAAUCCAGCAACAGCCGCAAUCGCAGCAAAUGAGUUUCCCGUCGCAAGGAACCGCUUUGGCCGCUCCUUCCCCGGCUCCUGGAAGCGCUCCUGUUUACACACGUGAACAGUUUGAAGCCUUGAAGCGUCAACAUGCAGCGCAGCUUCAGGCGGCGCAGCAGCAAGCCAAUGCGGGGAACAAUAGCAACGCACCGGGGACUCCCACUAGUGCACCACAGCAACAGCAGCAGCAAGCACCGUACAUGGUCUUGACCCAGGUAGCCGUUCCAGCUCACAUGCUGGGACAACUAAGUGCCAAUCCCAGUCAAUUGCAGCAGCUUCAGCAACAGCUCCAACAACAACAGGGAGGCAACCAGAGCGGAGGAGGAGGAGCCCCGCAGAUCCUCUCCUUUAACCAUGGCAAUCUCAGUCCAGAGAUGAUGCAGCAAUUGAUUGCAAAAGUAAAUGGGGGGAACAACAACAGUAGUAGUAGCAAUGCAAAUGAGAGUAGCUUGUCCGAGCUGCUCAACUCGUUCAAUGAAGCCACCGCCUCUUCCAUGGGAGGAGACGGUAACAGCAACUCUGCCGCAAAAGCAGCAGCGGCGAACAGUAAUCAGAAUGCUUCCUCUAGCAUUUCCAAUAGCAACCAAAGGUUGUUCUUGGAGACACAAGUGCAACCGGUGCAACGGCAGAGCGAUGUCUAUAAUGAUGAUGACCUGUUCAAGUUCUUUGACAUGGACACGCUGGGUGACGAAGCAGGCAAUGCCAGCGGACCAUCCGACACACAGCCUCAAAAGGCAAACGAAAUGGCAUCCAUGGCUCCUCAAAUCCAAAGCUUUCCCAUGCUAGAGCCUACUCCCAUGUACCAACAACAACAGCAGCAGCAGCAGGUCAACCCGUCAGUGGUUCAAUCCCACAGUCAGCCCUCGCAACAAGGAACUAAUCAAGCCGCUGCACCGGCACCCGUUCCGUCCUCCACCAUCUUGCAACAGUUGCAGGCAGCUGGUUUAACACCGCAACAGGCAGCCCAGCAACUGCAGCAAGCACAGCAACUCCAACAGCAACGGCAGCAGCAGCUCCAACAGCAAGCACAGCAGCAGCAACUUCAACAGCAACAGCAGCAGCGUCCCAUGGCCGUACAAUCCCAGCAGCAAAUGCCAAGACCCAUGCCUGUGGCAUCUCACGGUGGUGGAGCCAUGACACAACCGAGUGACCAGACGUUCUUGCUACCUUCCACCAUGGUUCCGCCCACUGUACUCGCCAGUGUCUGUACUGGUGAACGGAAGAAGCGCUCCGCUCCAUCGAGCACCCCGGCCAAGAAAAAGGCCAAAAAGGGCAAGAAAGUGGAGAGUACACCUCAAGAUGUCUUGAUGAAGGUUGUGGAGCAACAAGGACACACGGAACUGCAAAACCGAAUCAAGAGCGAAGACGCCGGAUAUGACACCAUGCCAUCGCCAUUGCAGCUGAGUUCCUUUGGGACACAAGUGGUGCACGCCGUACACACUGGCGAUGAUGAAAUGCUGGGCCGACUGUUGUCGUGCGGUCUCAGUCCCAAUCCUUGCAAUCAGUUUCGAGAUUCCAUUCUGGAUCUGGUGUGCAAGCGGAACAACGUUGCCAUCUUCAAGUGUCUAUUGGACAACGGGAGUGACAUUCGAGUAGUCGAUGGCUUUGGUCGAACGCCCAUGCAUCAUUGUGCUUGGGCCAGCAAUUUUUCUCGGGAAAUUGCCGAAGCAAUUCUGGAACGCGACCCCAUGCAACUGUUCAUUGAAGACAAGCGUGGACAAACGCCCAUGGAGUAUGUCCGAGCCAGUAUCACGUCGGAAUGGAGUGAGUUUUUGGAAGAAAUGGCAGACAAGUUCUGGCCCAAGGGAGGGCCCGUGGCUCGUUUGAUGAGACCGAAGGACGAUCGGCCAGAUGGGACGCUUCCAGAUCCCAAGAAUGCCGUGUCGGCAGGGCUGGCAUCUAUGAUCUCGUCUGGCAACAUUUCGCCCGAGCAGCUUGCUGGCAUGAGUGAAGAGCAAAAGAAGAGCUACGGAUAG